UCCCUCCCCUCCUCCUCCCCCCCUCACACCCAUCCGACUUCUUAUGCGUAGCCGUCGCCAUUUUAUUAGGCGUCUAAAUAGCCCUCCCCGAUCUGCUGUUAUGAACCGCGACGAGGUCCCUGCGCCGUACGCCGAGGGUUUUAUCUCCUCCUCCCCCUCCUCCUCCUCCUCCGGGCGCACGAAAAUGGCCACGCCGUUACAUUCCCGCACAUUUGCCGGGCUCUCCGGGAGACCGGUGGCGCGGCGAGGCGCCGGGGCCGCCUUGAGCUGAUCGUCCCGCGGAGGCGCCCGAGAAAGGAAGCGCGGGCUCGGACCCGCUGUUUCGCAGCGGCGUCAAACGACGUAACUUUUUUUUUCUUCUUCUUCUCCUUCUUUUUUUUCUUCUUCUUUUUUCUUCUUCUUCUUCUUCGUCUUUUUUUCCUUCUUCUUCUUUUUCUUCUUCUUCUUCUUUUUCUUCUUCUUCUUCUUCUUUUUUCUUCUCCCCCCCCCCUUCGGAGAAAAGUGGCAAAAUAAAUAACAACCCCAGCCCGCCCGCACGGUCCCAAGUUCGCCACCUAGCUGCGGAGACGCGCCCACGGAGCUCUCCCUCUCUCUCUCGCCCCUCUCUCUCUCUCUCUCCUCCUCCCCCCCCUCCUCCCUCUCUCUCUCUCUCUCUCUCUCUCGACUGUAUGAUUAUGAAAACACCCGCGCGAAUGUUGUUGCACGGACGGCUACGCGCCCCGGCGAGGGGGGAACUGGUUUUUCGGAGGUGUAGCGGCCUUGGUUACGUAACCCGAGCGACACCUAAUAAUGCGCCACAAGCUUUCGGAUCGCCGCCGGCGCCAGCGACGGAGCGGGACGGCGGCGACACCUUGAGCCGCUGCCCGGACGCAGUGGGUCGCGGGACGCGCUCCUCUCCGACUCAAGACUGAAGCACAGAGAGAGAGAGAGAAAGAAAGAGGGAGAGACCAUUGUUGGAUAAAGGGUUCCCACCUCUGCUUUGACCUUCAUAGCAUCUUUUUUUUUUUUCUUUUUUUUUUUUUUUACGUUUUCUGACCUACACCUGCAAUCCCGCUCUCGGCACCUCAGAAACCUCCAACCGGGGCACUUUAAUAGUGGUUAUACUGGGAACCUCAGUAGAACCUGGCCUUCCCCCCUGACUUCUCUGAUGGACCAGAGAGCGAAGGGGGGUACCCCUCCGGCCCCACAAACCCCCCUCGCCUCGCCACCUGAGGACUCUGAACAGGACAGAGUGGCGGAGAGGAGGAGGAGAGGUGAGCCGGAGAACGCAGACUCAGGAAAGAGGGAGGAGGAGAGGAGAGGUGCGAGCAAAAAGAAAGAAGGAGACAAGGGGGCAGUGCUGGAGCUGUUCAUCGAGGGACGCUGUGGAGGCACGGGGCAGCGUCAGCUUCCGUUCCCGGGCAGAGAGACCGGCUGUCCCGAGGGGAAUGUCCGACUCCGGAUCGGACUCCAGGCCAAACGCACCAAGAAGCCACCCAAGAUUCUGGAGAGCUAUGUCUGCAAGCCCAACAUCAGGACUUACCAGAGGCAGGGCAGGGGUGGAGUGUUGAGGGGGGAUGGAGAGGGAGGAGUUGGCCAGCAGGGCAAAGCCAGCCCCUCACCAGAGGACACGACCAGAGAGCCAAGCUCAGGCUUGGACGCGGUCCAAACCCAGUCCAAACAAACUGCAUCAGCUGCACCGCCACCAACCCCGCCCCCACCCCCAUCAUCGUCGACAUUGCAGCUACCGCCGUUAUCAUCAGCAGCUCCUACAGCCUCCAACCCAGCAUCGGUCCCCGCUCCAGCCAGCCCUGGGACCAAGCCAGCCAAACAGGUUCAUGCCAAAUUGGCCAGUAAGACAGAGGUAAACUCGAGCGGCUCAUCCGAGAAAGUGAAGAGGGAGAAGCCUCCUAGCGUCAACGGCCAGCCGGUCCUUACUGGACACAAGCCCUGCUCCAUCAAAACAGACCAGACAGGGGCCACUGCUCCUUCUACCCCAUCUCUGCCAACACCCUCAGCAGGGGAACCCAGGCUUGAGAGAGACGCCCUUAACAAGCAUAAUGGUUUGGUGCAGCCUGGGCGACAGAAGGGACUGUCAAAUGGCGAAGGCUCUGCUGACACCGCCAAGACCACAAUGGUCAAAGUUGGAAAGCAUGUGGGUUCCACUUCGGCCACUCUCGGCGACGCGGACCCUCCUGUGAGACACCCCAUCUCCAGCAACUCCCAUAAAGAACACCACCUGUACCCGAAAUGUGGGACAGAUUCGCCGUUCUCUCCUUCUGCAACCGCUAACCCACAAUUCCCUACCCUUGUGACAGUCCCCGCUGGCCAUUCCCAAAGACAGGAUUGUCCUCUGCAGCCCUCGCUUCCGAGAGAGAAAAACAACAAGAGAGAGAAAGAGAGGAAAACAAAGAAAGAGAAACGGAAAGAAAAGAAAUCCAAGCGAGACAAAGGAGAGGUUGAUCGGGUGAAGGGUGAGGGCAGGAAGGAGGAAGGCAAAAAGAAGAAGAAAGAGAAGGAGGGUAAGUCGAGGCGCGGGAAAGGAAAGGAUGACAGAGGUAGAGUUACUGCUACUCGGAGGGAUGACACCGAGAAGACUGGGAGAGGAAAGGCUGAGCGAAAGAAGCAAAAGAUAAGCCCAGACGGCCACGUGGGGAAAGACAACAGAGAUAAACUAUCGGAAAUAGAUUAUAGUGGUAAGCCAGAAAAGAUCUUUAAAAUAGCAAACCCAGGCAGUCCGGAUCAGAGAGACAAAGCGGAUGAGACCCGCACGCUAGUUGAACAGGCUGAGCCAGCAGCAACAGGUGAUGCAAGUAAAUCAAAGGAACAAGAUGUCCCUCAAAGACAUCUGACAGUGCCUCCGAGCCAGCCGUCUUCUCCUCCCUCUCUCCCGCUCCCCUCUACUCGCUCCCCCACCUCGCCCACCUCCUCGCCCCCAGAGCAGGACAGCCGACCGCUUAAGAAACGUAAAGCCAGACGGCCAAGUUGGACCAAACUGGUACACCGAGCUCAAAGACAAGAAAACCAGGAGACGCUAACGGACUCCCACCAGAGUCCGUUACUAAGUUUAUCCCAAAACUCGAAGGCCUGCUCCCCUAUCAAAGCCCACACCCAGCAGACAGACGAGUCACACCUGACCCAUUCUACCGCCCCACCCCCCAACUUCUUCCCUUUCACCUCUGUAACCGAACCUCCAUCCCCGAACCAGAGUCCCCCCAACUCUGACUCCAGCUCCACUCCCCCUAGGUCAUUCAUAGGAGCCGGCAGAAAGAGGGGUCGCCCCAAGUUCCACACCCCUAGCUUAGAGGAGUAUCCACCUAGAUGCUCCCCCAAAGCUAUUCUAACCCCCGAGGAGCCUCCUGUGGGAUGCGAAGGAGCCUUGAAACCCUCUGUACAGGAAGCUAGCGCAGUCCUUCCUGGGCCCACCAAGCUUAUCUCCACACCCAGGAAACGUGGCCGUCCUCCCAAGCGGCCCCUAUCCGAGGACCUGAGCGGAGAUGGCGAUUUGUUGUGUCACACUGUUGUUGUUAAGGAGAGGAAAAGAGACUUCCACCCCGAAAAGGUGAACAGGCAGCUGAAGAUCAGGAGGCUUAUCAGUGAGAUGAAGAAGAGAAAGAGGAAGAGACUUCACACAGGAAUGCUGUCUGACCACGGAGAUAGACGGGGUAGGAACAAAGAGGCAGAUGUGGUGUCUUCUCCUGGAGGGUUUAAGUCGAUAGAGACCACAGCGACACACACGCUUUCCUCUCUUUCCACCUCAUUUGGGGGGAAGCUGGGCCCUCAGAUCAACGUGAGCAAGAGAGGGACCAUCUACAUGGGCAAAAGGCGAGGGCGCAAGCCUAAAGUUCAAACGGCUGUCCUGAACCCCAACUCCCAGAAUUCAGCUCGGGUGUCUCUCUUCACCAAUCCGUCUGAGACCUCCCUUUUCUCCAACCAGCCCCAGCCUCCACCAUCCCACCCUUUCCCCUCCCCUUCUAUUACCCACUCCAGUGGGGCCCAAAGCCCCUACAGUGAGGGCAGCUUCACAGAAACGGCAUCGUCAUCCCUCCUUUUUUCUCACCCCUUCUCCCUGCCUUCCCCCUCUUCCUCCUGCACUUCCCCCCACCCCCCCUCCUCCUCGUCCCUCUCCCCCUUUGUGAAGAAAAGUUGCCCGUGUCAGGGGAGGCACCACUUCCCUUUUCACCAGUCCUCCUGCAAGCUGUCCUCGCCCAGCUCCCACCUCCAUCACACACCUGGCUCCCCCGCACACCUGAAAGAGGCCACGCCUUCCCCGAGGAGUGAGUCACACAGCGAAGAGACCUUGCCGAGUGAUAGCGGAAUUGGCACUGAUAACAACAGCGUCUCUGAGCGAGGAGAGUUGAGGGGAAGUCGAAGCGCACUCAGAAUGGUUCAGGGGUCAGCGGUGGUCUUAGGGGGGCAGAGACAACCCUGCCCUCUUGUCGACAGGCCUUCCCCUGUCCCCAUACCCAUCUCCCCCACGCAUAGACACACACACACCAUUACCAGUCCAGGUACCGUGGAGCGACACAGAGAGAGACAUAGACACAGACAGAGGGAGUAUGACUGUGUCUCCUCCUGCACCUGCGUGUGCUCGUGCCCCUGCCAAGGACAUAACAAGUGCACCCAUUUAGACUACUACCCUUGCCUCGGACACAAUGCACUGAAGAGACAGAAAAACAAACACAAGAAGAAGCACCAGCAGCUGCACGCGCAUGACCCAGAGUUUCUGUCUGAGUUAGAGGAUCUGAUUGGACAGUUCAGUGAGGUUCACAUUGGACGCCGAGGCUGGGCAAGGUCUGCCCUGAUCCAGGGCUAUGAGGAGACCGGGAGCACUGCAAGAGGGAGACGACAUCACUCCUCUUCCUCGCACCCUCUCCGCUCCAAUAUCUUCAGGAUCAAUCUUAAUGGCUUCUACUCCCCUCAUCCUUCCUCUUAUCCCUCCAAUCCCUCCUUCAGCCCCCAGCCUUUCUACCCAUGCCAGUCCCUGCACUGUGGCAGGAAGCCAGACCGCAGGCAAUGCAGCUGUCCAUCAAAGUUCCAGGAGACUGUUGACAACAUGGGCUUCUACAGAGGUUAUCCCCCGACCACACCACUCUACCCCCACCUCCAUAGCUCCUACCCCCUUCCACCUCCCCACCAAUAUGCCCCGCAUCAGCCCCAACACCCUCCGUUCCUCCUCAACCCAGCCAGGUUCCAAAGGCGAAGGAGUAGGUUGCUGCGGGAGGGAGGUUUAGUGAUAGAGGGUCAGGGAGAUUUAGGGGGAGGCGGUGGAGGAGGAGGUAGCUUGCGGCUCGCCCCAGGGUUCACCUCUAGCCUCUCCUGUGGCUGUGGGAGAAACGAACAUAAACACAAGCGUAAACACCGUCACCGACACUGCGAGCAAGACAUGGAGGAAGAAGGGGUGCUGGAGGAUGAGGAGGAAGAAGACGUGGAGAGAAGGAGAUUGGUUGGAUCAAAACCCAGGUCGGGGUUCACAACAGGGGCAGGAGAAAGCAGUAGGAAAGGGACUAGGAGUACAGGGAUUCUUGGGUCAAUUGAAUCUCCGUGGUUACGCAGGAACGGAAAAGAUUACUUCUCUUCUGCUGCAGCCGCCUGCGCCUCCUCGUCGUCAACAUCUUCAUCUGAGAGGUUCAAACACACAUCUCUCAGCUCACUGGGUUUGGGCUCCUCUCACCUGUCCUCAUUCGGAGGGGGCUGGGGUGGUAUUGGCCAGUCCAUGAUGAAGACAGGGGUCAUGGGGGGGCCAGGAUUCGGACUGUCCAACCCCAGCUGGAGAACCUUCGCUGGGGGUCAUCAGAUCGGAAGGAGGGUUGGGUCAGACAGAGAGGAGGAAGAUGCUGAGAUCCAAGACACUCAUACAUCAUAUGGUACAUCCACGUCCCCUACACACAUCAACCUAUUCACCUCUGCUGCCAUGGCAACAGGAGGGAAGGGACUGAAGAGUGGCGUGAUCAGUUGGAGUCCCGGGAGUGGCGACAGGUCAUGGAGGAGGGAGGAGCUACCCUGGAGAGAGAAGAGAGGCACAGGUUUACAAGGUGACUCCCGAGGCCAGGGGCAGCCGAAAAGCGUGCCAGUACCAGAUGGUGCGGCUUUGCAGAAGAAGAGAGGGCCGGGCCGGCCCAGGAAGCACCCACUGCCUUCGCCGAUGUCCUCCGCCCUUCACUCCUCCGCCACCCCGCCGCUGUCCUUACCCAGCAUCCUGCCGGGGCACAUCCACGGCGGCCGAGACGGGAGGGGAGCGGCAGGGAGGAGAGAGGAGAGAGCCGGGGGGAGAGAGAGGGACGGCGGCGACGCGGUGUGGCAGGUGACUGAGUUGGCGGGGCACGCCAAGAGAAAGAAGGGACAGAAGAGGAGGCGAAGUAGUUCCCCCUGUCAUCAGAGUUUCAGUGAAGAUAAGCCAGAGAGCGACGACGCCCCCUUCGAUUGUUUUGGUCAGUCAGAGUUCGACCAGGCACCGUCCCAAACAGCCGCCGUCCAGCGGAAGGAGAGAGCUGACAGCCCUCCCGGGAAGAAGUUCCUGAGAGCCGGUCUCUACUCUGACGAUUACAAGACUACUGAUCCCCCUUCCCAAAUCCAGCCGGUCAGCAGAGAGAGGGAGAGUGUGGAGUACACGCCGGGAGAGCAUGACUACAGCCUUUUGCCCGCUCCCAUCCACGUCGGGAAAUACCUGAGGCUGAAGCGCAUUGAUUUCCAGUUGCCCUACGAUGUUUUAUGGCUCUGGAGGAACAACCAGCUUCACAGGCAGCCGGCUGUACCUCUGAAGAGGAAGCGGCACUACUGCCGACUGAAGGAGAAGCACGCCGCCACACAGCAGACAUGGGUGAGUUUCCGUAGGUCGAGCAGAAAGAUGCUCCGUCCCGGUCGUAAACUGUGAAACACGGGUUCCAACUCGGGCCAUCUGGUUCUUUUCAGGAGGAGUGCUCCGGUGACAUCGCCAGCCUUUUUCCUCACUUGGACAUGGAGCCUUUGACCGGCAGCGAGAGGAGCUUUGUGGUGACGCACCACGUGUUCCUAAUGAGGAACUGGGAGCUGGUGAGAGACCGACAGAUCCGGCUGAGGAUAGAGAGGGAGAGGGGCAGACGGAGGGAGGCCGAGAGAGAAGAGAGGGACGCACAACAACUGUCCUGUGACGGAGCCGAUGGGGACGACAGCCGCAUCAAGUCAGGUCCAUGAAGCAAAUCAGCCGGCGGGGGUGGAGGAGACGGUCAUCCACGGUGACCCCCGCUACCAGACUCGAGACACCUCCAGCCCGCUCACUGCCAGCCCCCACUUCACCGAAACCCAGAAUAGACAAAAAGAGGUGGAAGGAGAGGAAGCCAGGCGAGGGGAAGAGGAGGUUCGCAGCAGAGAACUGCGGAGGAAACGGCUGAACAACUUUCUCCUGACCCUGCAGCGUUCAUAAGCCGAGACAGAGGUUGGACCACUCCAGGAAUGGGACCAAACGCCCCCGACCCCGCCCCCGCCCCCGCCCCACCCGGCCCCCGUUGGACAGAUGGACAGUAGGGGGGGGCAUUGAAACACCGCAGCGCCGUUGGCCGUAGAAACGAACGAGGGAGAAGACUCGCGGAAUGACGGCGAAAGAAAAUAUACUUAAAGAAGUCUCACGCGCAGAUGCGUCUGUUUGAACCCAACUGCUCUGAAGGGCAUCGCACCGAGGAGGAAACCAUGGCAACACGUCCUUUUGUCCACGAGGCAAAGGAUGACGGACACAGAGAAAGACUGUCCUGGCUGAAAGAAGCAGACCAGCUCAAAUGAAUUUGCACUAGUGCUGAAUAAAGCAGCACACUAAAGACUGCAUGUUAAGUGGAAACACUUUAAACACUUGGACAAACACACAACACACGCACGCACACACACGCGCACACACACACAAAAUGAACGCCCUUACUUUGGCACCUUAAGCAAACGGGCAGAGAGACGGUGCUCGGAGAUUGCUAGCGGACAUGUUAACCGUACGGUACUUUUUAAGUUUUCCGGCUCCCGCGUUUCCAAGAAGCAAGGAGCGCGCCCCCCCCCACCCCCAC